CUUAUCAGCAGAAAGCUACAUUUAAAGGGAAGUUCAUGGCAUCAGCAAGUGGCUUUCCGGCAAGUUUUUAUGGAGAGCCGGGUGUGCUUGGGCUUCUGGCCAAUGGCAUCAGUGCUUUCCUUGUCCUACUGCAGAACUUCCAUGGGGCCAGGACUGGCGUUCCUGCAGAGGGAGUGGAAAACAUAUUAGCAGGUGUUCAUCUCAUUCUAAUUGGUGGAGUGUGUCAGCUAGUGGCAGGCUUGAUUUCUUUCCGAAAAUAUGACCAUCUGAGUGGGACGUCCUUUGUAGGAUACGCAGUGCUGUGGGGCAGUUAUGGGGCCACAAGAAUUUUCCUAGGUGCCAACCAACAAAGUCCAAACCUGUUCAAUGAAUCAACAUCGAUAAAUAACACCAUUCAAGAUCUGUUCACAGACACUAGUAUUAACAAAACCGACAUUCCAAUGUUCAUCAAGGAGUCUGCCAUAGCUGGGCUGGUACCUUACAUUCUGUUAUCCUUUCUGCUGGCCUUCUGUUCAGCAACUGUAAACUACAUCAUGCCCUUUGUGUUUGGGGCCAUCACCCUCACACUGAUAUUUGAGGCUAUUGGUCUGGUAGCAGGGUGGGCUCUGGUGGUUUCUGGGGUUCUGGAGCUCCUUAUUCUGCUCUUUGCCAUAUAUGGCUCAUCAGCACUGCUAAUCAAGGGACUGGCCCAACGCUAUGUGCUAAAGGGUUUUGGAAACCCUCUCUUCAACGUACUGCUACUAGGAACCACUAACGCAAGUAGCUCCCAAAGCUUGGGCCAAGAGAAGAAGAAAAACACAAAAUAUGCUGAACCUAUGGCCUUGGGGUUCUUCUGCGACACAGUCUCACCAUUUAUCUUCGCCUUCUAUGCCUUUAACUACUUCCCGUCGGUCUCAGUAGCUGCCAUCUGGAUAACCAUCAAUUCUGCUGCUCAGCUUCUAUCUAGCUAUUAUGCAUACUUGCGUCAAGACUGCUACCAUGCAACCAAGUUUGGCCUGCACUGCGUGUUUUGGUUGGUGAAGACCUGGGAAGAGCAUGUGGUAUCAGUAACCAUUGGCCGGACUGAAGCUGGUGAAGUAAGGCACGCCAUGGUUGGCAACUGGUUCUUCGUGUCUGCUGCAUUGGUUUUCUGCAUCGCAAGUCUACACAAAGACACUCUUGAGCUAGUUCACAACUCAUUUUUUGUCCUGGUGACCAUAUCAACCAUCUCCCAGAUUCCCAUUGAGAGGUACUACAUCUUUUUUGGAGUGACCUGCUCCCUCUUCACUCUCCUGUCCUACUAUGGCACCUUUGCACGCCUCAUCAACACCAUUGCUGAGAAGUCUUUGAUCCCAGUUGGACCCCAGCCUGUCUCCACCGAAUCCCUGCAGAAAUAUCUCAGUUACCUCAAGAGGUCCAAAAUAAAUGAGUCUGAGGAUAAAGGUGCACAGCUCUCUGAUGCUUUAUUUUAUCUUUCCAAUGGAGUGGCUGCACUCUCAGCCAUCCAUAGCAUUCAGCCCGGCCUGGCAUUUUUCGACCUAACUGUUCCUUGGGUGCUCAUCCCAGGAGCCAUCAUCCAGGCCUACGUCAGUCGACUACAGGUACAAGGUGGCCAGAGAUUCGGCUCUGUCAUUCCCUCCUUUUAUGUGGCUAUUUGGGCAACUUGGAGCUGGUUUAGGUUUGCAGGACAUCGUUUGCAAAUAUCCACAGAGUCAGCAAAUGGCUUUGCAGCUGGAGCAAUAGCAUUCCUGGUCAUUAACGCUUUCUUGAUUUUAGUUGCGGCCUACAACAAUCUUGUUCUUUUGGCACUGACCACCAUCAUGGAGGUCAUCAUAGUUUGUUUUCUCCUCUCUGCUCUUGGACGACUGCCCUAUCAGCUAGAAGUUGCCAUGCUAGCAGUUUUCGCCAUCAUAUGUUUGUAUGGCAUGCUAGCAUCCCUUGUGAAUAGUAUCUUCUCCAAAACCCUGAUUCCAGUUGGACCUUCCCUUAUCAAGGUAUUAGUUCAAUUAUGA